AUGAAUCAGCCCCUAUUCGACCCUUCCAAGUCAGUGACGUUCGACAAGGUUACCUGCAGCAAUAUCUUUUGUAAGGUCGAGUACACCGCCUCGUGCAAGCCCAACACUAAUGUCUGCAUAUUCAAGGAGACAUUUGGGGAUGGUGCAGUGACGGAAGGCGACGCUGCUUAUGAGACAUUCAUCUUGGAGGAUACUAACGGUCCCAACAUUACGCUUGAAAGCAUCAUCUUCGGUUGUGGCCAUGAAAUUACCGGAGCCUACGACGAAGAUGAGGCCGGUUUGGUGGGCCUCAGCAGGGAUCCGUAUUCGUUUGUUAGGCAGAUAGGGGCCCUUAAAUUCUCCUAUUGCUUGGUUCCGUUCUAUUAUUUGAAAACCUGGAGCAAGAUCCUUUUUGGAAAGCAAGCUCAACUUACAGGCAAUUUUACACAGAUGUUAAAGGUUAAGGGCCAAGAAGAGUUUUACCAUGUCAGUCUUGACGGCAUCAGCGUCGGGAAUAACCGGCUACCAAUCAAAGAAGGACUAUUCCAUGCCAAUGAGAAGGGUGAGGGAGGAUUCAUAGUCGACUCGGGCACAACAUACACACUCCUCUUCAAGGAAGGUCUCGACGCCUUAAUCAGUGCAUUGGAUGAUGAAAUAUUUCUAGACCCAGCUGAGGACCCCUACGGAAGACUUCAUUUGUGCUACUAUGUAAAUUCGAUCAAUGACUUUGAGGUCACACCAGACAUAACAUUUCAUUUCACCGGAGCCGAUGUAGUUCUACCCAAGAUAGGGACCUACACAGAGGUAGAUCGCGGCAUAUAUUGCCUGGCCAUGAAGCCGACCACUGACGUUUCGAUCUUAGGAAAUCUAGCACAGCAAAAUCGCAUUGUGGGCUAUGACCUUGAUAAGGAAUUGGUUGCUUUUGCCAAGGCCGACUGUGCCAGAUUCUAG